GAAUGGCAAUCGUGUCCUUUGGUCCCGCCUCGCCCCCGAAACCCGCCCCUUUAUCGUCAUGGAUCCACCCUUGGCGGGCCCUGAGUGAGGAUCAUGUCGACUCGGAGUAGCAAAUCCACGUUUCCCGGUCGUCAAGGACCGCGGGCGGGCCGUCAACGGGUGCGCCAAUCCUAUGUUGGAAAGCCCGACUCGUUGGACGCGCCCAUCGAGGUUCAGGAGGCGUGGGAGCUACAAACCCGAUUGGCUGAUGGACUGCUCGUGUUUCGAGGACUCUUCAACUUGGCGGAUUUGGCGCAGGAUCAGGAUUUUCACGGAUUCCGCCCGCCCUCGCGACCGGGCGGGCCUUUUCAAGAUGCCGCAGACUGGCCUGGUCCAAUGGGCGAGAAAAAUCAAGAAGAAGGAGGCAAAGGAAAGGUCCGCCGACUCCAGACUCGUGUCGGUCAUGCCCAGCCCACCACUGUUCGUUCGAAACGGAAAAGAACCUCCUGUGAUAUUCAGACGACACCGAUUUCCGAAGAGUUCACGCCUCCUGUUAAAAGCAAACGAUCUCGACGGAGUGGCCGCGACUCCAGUCGAUCGAUCACGCCCGUUCCACGAAAAGCCGCACCCGUUUCUCGGGAAGUGACGCCCCAAACUAGUCGGGCUUCAAGUCGAACCCCUAGUAACCGAUCUGCCAGUAGUCGAUCGUCGACCCCCGUUGAAAAUCAGCGACGGAGUGCUCGAACGCCCAAACCGAAGCGCCGAGAUGACGAGAUUAUUUCCCUGUCAACCCCCAUCCCGUCUCCUGCAUUGAAAGCCAAAGCUGUUGUUGAAGACGAAGACGAUGAGGAGGACGAUGACCCGGAAGGAGAUGAGAGUGAAGAAGAGUCCGUCAUAUCAAACGAAUCUGAAUCGCUCGAUGCAAUUCAAGCCCGUCAAGUUGACACGGGCAUCAAGUCUCGGCUCCUUAUCCGGCCGUCUAAAUUGGGUGGAUUCGGCCAAUCGUCGAGCACCUUCGGCCAACCACCAGCCAAAUCCUUUGUUUCGGCUGACAACACCUCUUCAAACGCAAUGGGGUUUGGGGCCCCCAAGACUAGUAGAUUGUUCGAAACCGCCGCUACGGAUCUCAUUGUAGAAGGGAAACGGCAGUGGAAACCGUCGAUUAAAGUGCAAGAGGCCACGUCUUUUUCGGACCUAUCAGGUAACUUGAUCAAGAAGUCAAUUACCAAGUAUGCCGAUGCUGUGGCCAAAGGAGCCUCCACGCGAGAAUUAGACGCCGACAAUAACGACGAACCAUCAGAUGAGAGCCAAUCGCAAGAAAUGCAGCAGAAGAUUCAGCGUAUUUUGGCCUCGCAAUGGGACUCCCGAUUGCGUAAAGUCGACAACAAGUUCCUAAAAACCACCCGUGUGUCCACCGACGAGACUUCGUCACCGUCCUCGUAUGUGAAACCACCGUUGCUCAGAAAAUCGCAACUAGAGCUGAACCAAGUGUUACUAGAGAGCAUGAGAAAACCCAGUCAACAAGUCCAGUUUUACGAGGCCAUACAACAAUCGAUGCAAAAUGCGGACAAGACGCCGCCCAAACUUCUCAGUGAGGCCAGUAAUCCAGCUGGAACUGCUCUUGUUGAAGAGACUAGUCCUCGGAAGGCUGAUUCUGAGAAAAGCACGUCGAGUCCAACCAAACAAUCCAACCGAAUGCCAGGAAACAUAGUUUGUGGCAUUUGCGGAGCCGUCCGAUACUAUGCAUUUAUUCUCCAGGCCAAAAAAUUCGGAACCUUCAGCUGUGAGCCGUGUCGGAAAUUCAUUUCCAAGACCAUUCGUCGCGUCACACAAGAGCAGAACUGCGAGAUCAAUUGCGUCUCCGGCAAAGGCAAAUGUGUGGUCCCACCUGUCAUUCGAGGGUCCAGAAAAAAGAAUAACGGGAAUGAUGUGAGAUGUCAAGCUUGUUGGCUGAAGCUCUGUCUCAUUGGUUACAACUUGGCCAACAGUCUCUACGAUCAGCUUCGAGAACAUCUACCGAAAGUGAUCCAGAAACAAUUGCCAACUGCAGAUCAGAAGAAACAUCAGGAUAACAACCCGUUGUUGCCUCAUCGAGGCGAUAUUCUAGAGUUCAACCGACAGGUUCCACUUUCACGGCCUCUUUUCGAUGGAUUUGGAGGUGAUAGCUCCAACUCAGAUCAACAACAACUCGUUCUCAAAUCCCGAAUCUCGAGAGAAGGAAAUGAAGCGUCAGGGCAAAAGAAAGCGAAUGGAAGCCUGAACAAUGGAGAGAUCGACGAGUCCAGUCAGAGGGCUGGGGCAGGAGGAAAAAGUAAUAAGAGUAAUCAUGUUAUUCACGAGCGAUUACCCAAUGGAUGGACCAAGAAAGCUGUGAAACGACUCACCGGUGAACAAAUUGGCAAGUGGGAUAUGUACCUGAUUACCCCGGAUCAAAAGAUCUUGAAAUCUCCGUCAGACCUAAAAUUGUAUAUUGCCAAGUCCGGCUCAGUGAUUGACUCCAAUAUUAUCAACUUUGCUUUGCCCAAGAAAACGGCCAAAGUGGAUAAGGCCCUAAAGAACAGUGCCGAAAAAACUGCCGCUUCCUCCUCAGUCGGAACAAAAAUCUCCACCCAAAAAGAGCAGAUCGAUCCUAACUUGGAGAAACAACCUCAACUCGGAAGUGCCACGAAAUCUGCCAACACUGUGGUGUCCACUUCUGACCCAAAGUCUGAAUCCUUGGACGGGGAAGGUCCACUGUCCAUGUCUUCGCCCAGUCGAAGCUCGAAACGACAAAGCAAGACGCCGUUAAAGUAUGUUAAAGAUCUCGGCGGCUUCAAAGAAGCGAAAGCGAAACCCAACCGGACGGCUACGUCAGAGCCCGCCUCUCCUCUCGACAAGUCUGUUGAAAUUGAUGUGGACAAGGACAACUCCACGACAACUGAUGGAUUCGGUCCCAGUACAACUCAUUUUAGUGGGCCAAGUGCGAGGAAAAGCCUGCCCGAUAUCACGACUAUUGGGGUGGGGACGUUUUCGAUUGAUAAGGAUACCGUGCGAACUCUGUCGUCCUCGGGGUCCUUAGCCGACCUUCGUUUUAAGACGUGCAAGCGAACAGUGGCGUGUAAAAAGUGCGAAAAUUGUGUCAAGAAGGAUUGUAUGCGUUGCAUGUACUGCUUGGACCGAAAGAAACAUGGCGGGAAAGGUAACUUGAAGAAGGUGUGCCUAGAGAGGAAAUGUGAGCAACCGGUGAUGUCGGGCCUACCGGCCAUGUCCACAUUUAAGAGUUCUCCAGAUGUGAAACGUUCCUAUGUUCGGGUGGCCACAGCCGUUGCCACCAAAUCCGCCCCGCCCCCGAUUCCACCGGAAGAGGAUGCCAAUCUGAGUCAUCCCUAUUUUACCCCUCUGGACGAAUCCAAUGACCCGGUCGAACUUAUGGAACCGACUCCCCCGGAUGUUAUGGAAAACUCGAUAUCCGAUAUCGACUCCUCGCUUGAGCCCAGGGAACCUCAAGCCACAUCGAUUCUUCCCUCUGAGGCUCGACCCAAGGAGGAAAGUGACGAGAAGCCAAAUCUUUCAUAUGCUGGACUUAUUGCCACGGCCAUCGAUGAUCUACCAGGCAAGCGCGCCACUCUCCAGAUGAUCUACCAGUACAUCACGGAUCGUUGGCCGUUCUACCGGACGAAUCGAUCGUGUUGGCAAAAUUCCAUCCGUCACAAUCUCAGUCUACACAAAGAAUUCGAGAAAGGGGAAAAAGAAGGAAAAGCUAGUUAUUGGCAAUUUGCGAAGGGUGCGGAUGUUUCCGAUCUCACGUCUCGAAAACACCCGGCUCGAGAAUUCAAGCAGCUCCGUGAUCAAGCUCAGAAAGAUACCAAGCAAGUCGUGGAUGGGACUUUACCGAUUGUGAACACGCCUUUACAGAGUUCCACACCACAGGCUCCCAUUUCACCUCCAAUGACAACAGCGCAGAUGACAGGUUCCAUUCCGACAUCGAAGAAGGCAACUCAAAGUUUGGAGGACUUUUUGGCCAUUGGCCUGGACCCAUCUACAGACAGGAACCGACCGAUUCAAGUGCUCUCGGCCAUUGACCAAGAACCAACCAAUUCCGACCAAUCUACGACUAAAUUGGAUCAGAGUUCUGUUCUCCCAGUCGUCGAUGGUGAUAUCAGGGUUCCCAUUCCUCCCAAUAUUACUCAGUUCAAACUUGCCCAACCUCCGCCAACAGCUCCGUCAUCAAAUUGUGUUCGACGUACCAAGGAGGUAAACACAGGCUUGGGUAACUCCAUUAGUUCUUACUCUGGCACGAUGGAUUAUUGGGAACAGUAUGAUCCAUUGGAAGUGGGGGAAAAUGGUCAGUGUGUCAUCACCACUGAAGAUCUGCCCGUGGAGGCCAUUUGCUUCUUGUGCGGCUCAGCGGGCCAAGAGGCGUUCAUUUUCUGCCACGCCUGUUGCGAACCCUAUCACCCGUUUUGUUUAACAAUGGCCGAAUUGCCCCAAAGUGCGGAGGCCGAGAAGGAUUGGGUGUGUCGUCGGUGUGCCAUUUGUCAGAUUUGCGGGAACCCCAACGGUCAACCCUUACGAUGUGAUCAAUGUACAAAGGCGUUUCACUCCGAGUGUCUUCAGCCCAACCAGCGAAACACUUUCGGCCGCACUGAUGGAUGGACCUGUUUUCAAUGUCUUCGUUGUGCGUCCUGUUACAAAUCGGAUGUAUCCCACUAUCUGGAGGGAUCUCCUCUUUGUUCGACUUGUUGCCUUCAGAAGAAGCAAGGCAGUUUCUGUCCACUGUGUCAUGGAUGUUACGAUGACAACGAUUACGAAACGCGAAUGAUGGAGUGCGCCAAUUGCGGAGGAUGGGUACAUGCCAAAUGCGAAGGUGUGGACGCGGAGAAAUAUCAAAUUCUUAGCUACUUACCCGACAACGUCGAAUACGUCUGCAAGAAAUGUUUCCAAAGUUCCAACGGAGAAGGAGACGAAGCUCCCUGGAUGCAAGCGGUGAGAGCAGAACUGAGAGCUGGUCAGAUCAUAAUCCUGGACCACAUGUGCCAGGCCAAAUGUGCCAAGUAUUUCAUGAAGGCCAAGAACUUGUCUGUGAUCUCGCAAAGCCGCUCCAAGAGAUCUUCUCCUGUCAAAGAUGCUCUUCCAGAGAAACCAAAUGUCGAUAAAGAAGAUGACGUAGAUCGAGUGAAGAAGGCGUUGGACUUUGGCGCUUACGGAACCGCAAAACCGGAGCGGAAAUCGAUCCCUAUGACCAAAUUAAGGAAGAUUAAGGCUCGAUAUGACUUACCAGAUUGCUCCGUUCAACUCUGUUCUCUUUCAACUAAGCAUCAAAAUUGUCAAGUGUCCAAUGACGAUGUUAGUAACGACGGGUUCUCUGAUCUUGACGACACCGACUUUGAGCUUCUGUUCCCGGAGCUGAGAAAAUGUUCUGUUCUCUUGAAUGACAUCAAGCAUCACUCUUGGUGGGGAGAUAAAGUGCGCGCUAAAUUGAGCCACGCCCCUAAACACGUGACCAAGCCACCAUCUACUAAGGUGGUUCACGAAAAGAAUCCAAUGGUUUCUUCAAAGCCCACGCCCAAGGAAACCCCUAUUGAAACACCCCCAAAGAUCAAAGUACCUACACCCAAGAAGAUGGACGAGAGCCAAAAUACCUCACCAAGCGAUCCCCCUGUGAAAGUGGACAAUGAUGACGAGGUUUUAGACCUGGCAAAAGUGACUGAACGUUUAGAAUCUGGGUUAUAUUCAAGUGUCCUCCGAUUUCAUUUGGAUAUCAAGAAAGUGGUGCAAACCGUGCAUGUUCCGGGUCCAGCCAAAUACUUGCAUCGAAAUCAGUUCAAAAAGCAAUACUCUCUCAUCAUGAAGGAAAUCUUCCCAUGGUUUGACAUAGCCAACCCUUGCGCUCAUUUUGAGCCUCUCACCAUUCAGGAUAUGACGGUCAAGCCUCCGUACGACGAUCAUUCAUAUGCUAAUAAUGAGCUGAAGACAAAGAAAGAACCCCACCAAAGAGUUGUAGUGGUCCCUCUGAAUCGGCCCUCUUGGAAACGAUCUCGGAUCCCUGUGAAGCGAGAAAAGGAUUUUCGUCGUUGCUUGAUGUGUUCCCAAUUGGGUGAUGACCACCCUGAGAAAGCUGGACGACUGAUCUAUUACCGGCAAAAUGAUUGGAACCACAUCAAUUGUGCUUUAUGGUCCUCGGAGGUUUAUGAAGAGGUGGACGGAUCACUUCAGAACUUCUCCCAAGCCGUGAGUCGAGGUCAAAAACUUAAUUGUACCCAAUGUUGGAAGAAAGGUGCCACAGUGGGAUGUUGCUAUGACAAUUGCAAAUCCAAUUACCAUUUCGUUUGCGGAUUAGUGGACGGAGCAGACUUCAAGGAGGAUAAGACCAUGUUUUGUCGUCAUCACAAACACCUCUACCAAAACCAACCCAAUUGCUCCUCUUUCAACGUGCAGAGGACCGUUCAUAUCGAUCUGGAGAAUGAAACGAGGAAAAAGGUUCGACCAGUGGAUCUUCGAAUGGUUCGAGUUUUCAAAGGCUCCAUGAAGAUCUCAUCUUUAGGACGGAUAAUACCCUCGUCAGAUUCCCAAGGAUCGCUCAUUCCCGUGGGCUUGAAUUGUGAGCGAUGGUUUUGGUCCACGAAAAACCCUCUCAAGCGUACCUUAUACACGUGUACAGUAAGACUUGAAAAUUGUGCCUCGAACUCUGAGUCCGAAUCUUUCCACUUGACCGUCGAUCACGAAAAGGACCCGGAAUGCUCGAAGCAAAUCAAAGAGUUCUUCCGAGACAUGCAGAGACGUCAAGUGGAAGAAGAAAGGAGGAAGUCGUCCCCGAUUCUCCCACCGGGUGCCAUUUCGCAUGAGUUUCAAGGGGUCCAUUUUAAAGAUCUCCAUCCAGAGUGGUUUGAGUCUGCUGAGUGUGCGGAAGAUCGGCCUGAAUUUCAAGAAGAUUCCCAGAAAGAUGAAAUCGUUGAGGUCGAUAAUGUUCAAAAAACGUGUCGUCCUUACAGGAAUGAAAAUCUCGCCACCAAUUCAAAUCCGGCCCGAACAUGUUCAGAUUCAGCUGCAUCCAUUAGCAAAGAACCGGAGUUCGUCUCGCCCACGAAAAGAUUGAACAAAGCUGUGGGCAAUGUCUUGAAGCGAACCCCGAUCAAAUUUCUAGAUGACGACCUGGGAUUACCUUUGGACGAAGCGUUUCCCUUGGAAUCUGCCGAUAAAGACUUGAUAUCUGCCAUUUUAAGGGAUGGCAAUUUCGAAGAAGAACUAGAGGGCCCAAAAGAGGCCUUAUCUGCUCAAAAUCUACCUGUGUCAGGACUAACCAAGAAUUUGCACACUAUAAAUCUGGAAAGGUGUCCAUCCACUGGCGUUUCUUCGAAUGAGAUUCCAAUGAGAACCACAGAAAAAAGUGAUUCAUUUAUGGUUAUCCGGACCUGGUUCAAUCAGAACAAGAGGAAAAAGUUCAGUGAAGUGUCGAUUCAGUGCUCGUUGCCCUUUGAGAGAUCCAAUUUUGAAAUGGAUUUUGCGGCCCAAGAGGACCAAAUGAACUUCGAAGAUGAUUCAGAUGGCGACCAUUCCGACACGGGAACCAUACAGACUGAUUUUCAAGAUCAAACGCCAUUUGACGAUGAAGAUUCCGAAGAAGGUAACGUGGACAUGCUCAGCUAUGUGGCUGAGACCAUGGAGAAGAUGAAUAAGUCGGCAGAAGGCGUAGAGGAUGAAAUCUCGGAUCUGGAUAUCCUUAACAAGAUUUUGGCUCUCUCGGGGGACAAGAUCUUUGAAAUUGGGGAAGAUGAGCAGACUUUCGAGUUGGAUCAGUUUUCAGAUACUCACGCACAUUCAAGAGCAGGACAGCACUCUCAAGAUCUUAAAGAGUUUGAGAAUGUGGAUUUUAUCAAGCAGAAAUUGGAAACUGAAAGCAACGUAUCUCAAUUGGAUGGAUCUGAUGAACCUGAGGGCAUGAUUGCAAGUGGUUCAGGUGAGCAUAUGGAUCAUUCCGGCGAUCCCGAUUCAGACUCUCCCCGAAAAGACUUCAGUAUUGCUGGCUUGCUGUCGCCCACAUCAGGCGAUUUGGGUGUCAAACUGGAACCCAAUGUUUCUCCAAAAUCCAAGAGUAAACCAGCUCGUGACCCCAGCGCCAACGAUGAUGAUGAUGAUGAUGACGAGAUCAUGUUUUUAGAAACUGUACCAGCACCACCCAAGGCAAACCCUGGGCCGUCAAAACGACCAAUGAGUCGUGCAGGCCCAAUUUCUCCUCGAAGGUUAAUCCCAAGAUUGGCCCCUUCCGCUCCCCCUCUGGCAAUUGGGACACCCACUCCUGCGAUGUACAUCCAGCAUUUGACCACCCCUGAAAUGGCCACUUCGUAUGCAGAGACCUACCAACAAUCCACCGGUCGCAAUCUUCAGUAUGUCACCAGAUUCAAUGGUAUCCAAGGGUAUCCGACCAUGAGUCCUAUUCCCGGAUAUUCCAUGCCUGGUAUGCAUGGAUCAUCGGCGCCGGCUCUUGGAGGACAAGCUGUUCUCCAACAAUUCCCCGGCACUAAUUACCCACACAUGUCACCAUAUCUUCCACAAAAUGGAGCCCAGAUUCUGGCCCAACCUGGAUUUGUUCAACCCUCGCCGCACUUGAGUUACAUCACUCCUCAAGGAAUCAUCGUGAAUCCACAACCCAGUUACAUCAAUAUUGCCAACCCUUAUCAAGGUGGGGCCAUUUUAUAUCCCGCAAGUGGCCAGCCUGCCCCCAUGCCCGGCGUGGUGACUCCUCAUUUGACCUCGACUAGCUUUGCCGUCACUUGCUUCUCGAACUUUCAUGCUCCUGUUCCCAGCAACACCAUUACAACCAAUGUUACCAUGGCAGCCUUGCCCACGACCUCAUCUAUUCAAGCAAGCACUCCUCAAAAGAAGAUAGCCCGAGUUCAACCUCAACCCUCGGUCAAACUAUCGAAAUCAAAUAGCUCAACUAAGACGACCAGCAGUUCGAGGCCCAUCACAGGUUUGUCGAAUAGAGCGAGCACUUCUUCUUCGGGAUUUACUCACAACUCUUCCCGCAUGGACCCAAUCAAGGCGCUUUCUAGUAUGGCCAGUCAGCCAAUGGCAUCAGCCUCCAUGUCGGCUCCAUCUGAGGGCAAGAUGAGCAUAAGCCAUAACCAAAAGCAGAAAUCAAGUUCGGCAGACGGCGUCCCAAAAUCAGGCUUAGACAACAAUCCUCCGAUGGCAUCCACUGACCUGAGCGAGGUGGAACAACUCCCGCAAAGAUCCCCGUCCCUUGUGGCUCAUCGGAAACAUCGGGCUUUACCCGAAACUCAACGGUCGGUGGGUAUUCAAGCCAAGAUUGGCGCACCCUUGAAGAUCUUGACCCCGAGACCCUGGCAUGGAAGUGAAACGAGUGGCGACCGUCCAAUUUCAAGGCCAAGUGCUGGUUCCAGUUCAGUUUUGGACAACAAUGCAAUUGGUGGAGCUAGCUCUGUAAUUGAUCCCAAUCGCCCUCAAUCAGUCGAAUCUACCCCAAUUGAAAGUCAAUCGAAUUCGCCCAAGUCUCUGGAUGACGAUUCGAGUAGUGAGGUGAGUUCGGAGAAUUGUGCUCGUGUGGUCACGUCCACGGGGGUGCAUAUUCUAACCCAGCCCUCCAAGAGCAACGCAAUCAAGAUUGUUCUCCAAAGGAACAAAUUAGAUGAGGCCUACAAGAUUCAAGAGAUGGCCAUCAAAGAUGGAAGUAAGGUACCCAAUGUGAUUGAGCCAGAAACUGCGAUCAAAGCGCUCAAGAUCAAGGCCAAAGUAUCUAGGCGGACCAAACUGCAGAAACAAGCGGCCUUUGUCAGCUGCCUAGAUGGCCAAGGUCAAGUUGCUCACACCGAAGAGGAAUUUGUGAACGAGCAAACACUUGACGAGAAUGGUGAACGUCUAUCUGGGUUGGAGCACGAAUCCUUGUGGAAACCCGUGGAACUUAAUCAGGAUUCGAUCCAAUCGGGGCCCCAUUUGAUCUACGAACUGUCCUCGGAUGAUGGGUUCUUCAAAGCAGCUUCUCACGACCCAUCCGAAAUCUGGCGAAAAGUCUUUGAUGCCGUUCAAGACGCCCGUAUACAACAAAGCCUCACACCCAUGCCGCAUAAUCCCUUGGGGCAAACUGGUUUGCAAAUGUUGGGUCUCACUCAUAGUGCAUUGGCCUUCUUAUUGGAGCAAUUGCCCGGUGCCAAGUCCACAGAUCACUACCAACAUAAGCAUCAUCGUCAAGAAGAGGAAACCUUAAAAGAGAAUCCAUCUGGCAGUGCCCGCACGGAACAGUUCAAGAAUCGAUCCCCAUUGGACAUGUUCUCUUGGUUGGCUAGUCGUCAUCGACAAGUUCCCUUGCCCAAGCGGAAGGAGAACAAGAAGUCCGAGAUUGAGCUCAGUUCCAAUCGACGAGCCACCUCGCUAGAUCUGCCCAUGGCCAUGCGAUUCCGCCAUUUGGCCAAGAAUGCCAAAGAGGCCGUGGGUGUGUAUCGCUCGGGGAUCCAUGGACGCGGUUUGUAUUGCAAGCGCGAGAUCAAAACGGGUGAGAUGGUCAUAGAGUAUGCGGGUGAAGAGAUCCGAGCCAUGUUAACGGAUAAGCGAGAGAAGUAUUAUGAAUCCCGAGGAAUCGGUUGCUACAUGUUCAAAAUUGACGACGAUACAGUGGUGGAUGCCACCAUGCGGGGCAAUGCCGCCAGAUUCAUCAACCACUCGUGUGAUCCGAAUUGCUUCUCCAAGAUUGUCGAUAUCCUAGGGAAGAAACAUAUCAUCAUCUUUGCCCUAAGGAAAAUCUUCCCUGGCGAGGAACUAACCUAUGACUACAAAUUUCCCAUCGAAGACGUCAAGUUGCCGUGUUCUUGUGGAGCCAAGAAAUGCCGCAAGUACAUGAACUAGAAACGAAUUGAUUGGAACUCAAAGAUCUGUCUUAAGACGAAAAUUUAGCCUUAUGUCCUAAGUUUUAUGACGGCAAUCCAUUAAUGACUGCAAAACUACCAAAUUCAUUCGAAACUCAUACCAUACAUGAAUUAUUAUGACGCUUACACUUUCUCUUCAAAUUCGAGUAGCCUUAUUACUAAAACGGAUAAUUUGUAUAGAUCAAUGACCUUCUGGACCUCCAUCCCUCUUCCCACAAAAAUCCAUACUCAUGCCCAAUAUGAUAUGUACCACCUAAGCAUAACUCGUGCCAUCUGAAAUGAAUAAACUCAUUGACAUAAUCA